AUGUACGUGCUGGAGGGACAAUACGAGUCUGUGUACAAUGCGAGGUGGGGCCGUGUGGUGGAAGUUACUGGCGGCGAGGGGACGGGAAUGGAUGUGAGGGAGGGGAAGCCACCACAGUCAUGGACGUACAAGAACGUUGGCGACACCCUCGAAAGGGAUGACGGUGUGCAGCAAUCCGGUGCAGAGCGUCUCAGGCUGAUGGUGCUCACCUCGGACAGGGGAUGGCCGUACACGCUGAAUGCGCCGCAUGGGUGUGGUUAUGACUUGUUUGUUAACUGCGAGGUCGAGCGAGCGUGGCAGAUAGUCCUUGACGAUCUCACCAAGUGGUUCAACAAUUUCCAUUUGACUCUCAAUCCUUCACCUAUGCCGCGUGUGUUGAUUGGGACGCCCGGGAUCGGGAAGUCGAUGGCUGCCGGCUCUUACCUCCUCUACCAGCUACUGCACUACGAUGCGGAAAAACUACAAGUGGUUGUCCACUGUUUUGGAGAUACGACGUACGUGUUUGACAAGACCACCAAAACCGUGACAAAAUACAAGGGUAAUAAAAUAUCCAUCAGUGUUAUAUCGAGUUUGUGGAAGAGUGGGAUGAAAGGGUAUAUUAUUUACGAUGUGGGAACGAACGGAACACCGCCCGACACAGGUUUUGCACCCUGUAAUGGAUGGGGCAUGAUUGUGGUAUCAUCGCCAAAGGUAAGCAACUAUGAUGAGUGGGAGGAGCAAGUAAAAGCCAGUCGAAUCAUCAUGAAUUGCCCCGACGAGAAGGAUGUGAAGGCGAUGUGUGCAUGGAUGAAGCGAGGUCUGGGACCAGAUGAGCAAGCGGAAUACUGGAAAGAGGUCAAAGAACGCAUGGAUAAAGUGGGGCCGAUUCCACGUUACAUCUUUGAUGAGAAAAUUUAUAUUGUCCGCAUGGGUGCCGUUGAUGAUGCUUUGUUGGGGAUCGAACCAACUGAUGUUGGAGAGCACUUUACCCUGAGAGGAAGUAGGAUAUGGUAUUUCAAGAAUUCGUCUCAAAAACUUGUGAAGGUCGUCCGGGGAAGAACAGAAGAAGGUGUUGAGGUAUUUCUCAACGCAUCGAUAUGUGCUGAUAUCGGGUUUCGAACUGCGGACCGUUUGGCAAAGCCAAUGGCUACUAAGGAUCUUUUGUUGAUAAUAUUGAGACCGCAAGGUGCUCUUGCUUCCCGAGCUCUGGAACAAUUGGGUUUGCGCGCAUUCAUGUAUGGGGAGUUUGUCGGUGCACUAUUAAAGGAACUCAAGGAGCUGAGGUCACCAGAACGUAAUGAAGCACAGGAAUCGGUGCUGAAAAUAAACCAUCAAGGGUACCCCACUCGCACCGUUGGAUUACCGUCGAUGGAAGGCGGUGUCACGAGGAUUUCGAUGGAGUACGGGGUGCUGUACCUACCGGCGGUUGAGAACUUUCCACUGGUGGACGGCUUUUUCUUUGUUGAUUCGCCGCAGAAGACGCUGGUUGGGCUGCAGAUGACGACGGCGAGUGCGCAUCACACGACAGCCAGCACCGUGAGGCAGUUCACUGAGCACCUGGCAGCAUAUUUUGAAGGAUGGGACGAAUUAUCCCAAGACAUGUCGUGGGAGAUGAUUUAUAUACAACACGCAGACAGAAAAAUGAUAAUAAAAUGGCAUGCAUGUGAUUACAUUAAUUCCAACAAUGAAACCGACGCUGAAAAAGAGAUUGUGGCGUUUUGGAACGGAAAGGUACACCAAUACCAGUUUUUGUUAACACCUGAUUUUUUAAGUAAAAUCCGGGGAAUGAGAAUACAAUAA